AUGGUGGUUCCAUUCAGCCUUGUGGAUAAAAUGAGAACAGAAGAAUGGUUGUUGGUAGAGGGUGAAGAUGAGGAUGAUCAGUGUUCAUCUUCAACAACUUCGUCCAUUGGGAAGGACAGCGAUGUAUCAAAAUGCAGUGACAUAGACGACGAGAAUGAGGCUCAGAGUGCAUAUAAAUAUGAUGUACCAUUCAACAUGAUGGACUCACUCCAUCACCUUCCCAUCAGGAAGGGAAUCUCAAAGUUCUACGAUGGCAAGUCUAAGUCAUUCAUGUGUUUGGCGAACGAUGUUACUUCACCAUCCGUUAAAGAUAUAGCAAAACCAGAAAAUGCAUACACAAGGCGGCGUAGAAAUCUAAUGGCCUUCAAUCAUGUUUGGGAGAAGAAUGGAAAUUUCCUUUUGAGAAGUAACAAUGGUGGAAUUUCUAAGAGAACGUUAAGCUUGAAUCAAAGCGCUGUGACUCUUGAAUUUGCUAUGAACUGUGACAGCAGUAGUAGUUGUUCCAGCGAGGAAUCAACUUCAAGCUCAAACCCUAGAUCUCCUCCACCUCCUCGACGAAAUCAACCGUCUAGUGCAAGUUCUAGUCCAAACUCUUCUAUUCGCUCUCACUGGCUGAUCUCCAAUAGUGCUAAAAUUGUAAUGAAUUCCUCCAUGAAAAAUGAGGCUGAGCAUCUAUCACGUUAA